AUGAAUGUUCAAGAUAGAAGGAGGCUUUUAGGUCCCGGAAAUGCAAAACCUAUAACAUUUGAGCCAAUUGUAAAGGAAAAAGAUAAGCAGGAAGCGACUGAACAUGACAUCAAAGAGACACUUUUCUUGCGCAGCGGGUUGAUAGAAAAUUGUAACGGCUCAUCUCUGGUGGAAUUCAAGAGCCAACAUCGGCAAACAUCUUUAAUAGCAUCUGUGUAUGGACCGAGAGCAGUGCGUGGAUCGUUUACUUCGAAAGCAGCUAUAUCGGUACAGAUAAAAAACGGAUCUUCCGGAGAUUACGAUAAAUCUCGAUUGAAGGAACUGGCGAGUUUUUUAACUACAGUGUUUAGUUCUGUGAUCAACAGAUCGAGAUAUCCAAAAUCAGGGAUCGAUAUUUUUAUACACUUGACCUACGACAGGGAUCUUCAAGACGAAAAGAAUGCCGGCAUUGCGGCUAUUAUACCUCACUGUAUUACUGGUAUUACACUGGCAUUAAUAGAUGCCGGUAUCGAGGUGCUGGAUAUAACAAGUGGUGGGCAUCAUAAUGGGAGCGUGUUUGCAUUCAUAAAGGAAGGUGAAGAAGUUACAGGUUUUUGGAAGGACCCUAGUCGUUGUGAUGAUAAUAUGGAGGAAUCGUUGAAAGUUUGUAAAGAGAGAUACCUUAAUUAUAAAAGCAUUAUGACCGGCUAUCUAUUUCAGAACCAAAAAUCAGAAAGUGUUCAGGAAGCUUGA